AUGAAACAGAAAGCUGAGUCUGCAGCAGUGUGCAUCGGCGACACGUUGCUCACAAUCGGCGACGACAAGGCAGCAGAGCUUAAGCCCUCCGAACUGCGAAAGAGGAUGGAGGAGCGGCCCUUGAAGAUGCAAUUUCGUCACGGGAACGAAGCAGACCGCCAGGCUGCCACGGCUGCUGGCAUUGCGUUGCCGGAGGUGGCGCUCGGCUUCGGUGUUCAUUGUGCCUUCCACGGCACCGUCGGCGAAGAUGCUGCGCGCACCGGCGGAGAUCCUGCGACGGCCGCCAAACAGGCAAUGAAGGCAGCUGUGGCCGCCGGCUUGUCGGCAGAGGCUGCAGAAGAGGUGGCAGAGAUGGCAGCGCUGGCCACGGCCGACGCCCGCUUAGAGCUGGCGGUGGCGUUUCAGGUUGCUCCCGCCGUGCAGUGGACACCGGAAGAGGCAGCCAAGGCAGCGGCACAGGCAGCACGACAGUCCGGCAAGAAGCCCGAGGAUGGUUUGCGGGUUUACCCGGUCACGCAGCGGCAGGCUGCCCGUCGUGCGGGGAAGUCUGCAUCGGAAGCGGCGGCUGCCGGGGCAGCGGCGGCGAAGGAGGCUUCUGCCCAGGGAUGGGACGGUGAUCGCAAUGCUGACGAUUAUGGCGGUGACGCCGCCUCAGCCGCUGGCUUGAGUGAAGCGGCUUCAGCUGUGGCAGCAGCCGGUGUGGCACCUUUGCGUUCAAGGCAGCUGCUGCAGCAGCAAAAGCCGCUGCCGCGGCGGCGGAGGCUGCCGGGCUUGGCAGCGAAGUGGCUGCGUGCCUCGGUCCGCGUUGGGGAAGCGUCGGCAGCAGCUGCCGGUCGAGCGGCACAGUCCGCUGCGGCAGCACACGGGGCUUCCGCAGAGGAGGCAGCAGCUGCAGCCGGCGCAGCAGCGGCCGCAGCCGGUGCUGAGGCCGGGCUUUCACAGGAAGCUGCUGCCAAGGCGGCUGCGGCAGCAGGAGCCGUUGCUGCCUCGGAUGUCGCCAAGGCAGCUGGCGCAGGGGCUGCCGAAGCCGUAACUGCUGCAUCCAAAGCAGCGGAGGAUGCAGCCGCGGCAGCAGGCCUUGAUGCCGGCGAGGCUGCCAAGCUGGGACUUGAAGCAGCCGGCGACGUCAAGGAGGAGGUCACUCCCGGUGAACGCGCCGCCGCCGAAGCAUCCAAAGCAGCCCUCAAAGCCGAUCAGGUGGCGGAAGCGGCCGGCCGCGCCGCCCAGAAGACGGCUGGGAUGGGUGCAGAGAAAGCCGCGUGGCAGGCUGCUGAGGCCGCCGGACAGGCUGCAGCUGCUGCUGCCGAGGGCCCCAAAGCUGAGGCUGCAAGGGAGGCGGCGAUGAAGGCAGCCUCUGCUGCCGGGCUCGGGCCUACAGAAGUUACCGAGGCUGGACGCAUCGCUUUCGAGGCGACUCAGAAGGAAGUGGACCAGCAGCAAAUGGAGGUGGCAAGCGCUGCAGCACGCACGGCUGCCGACGCAUUGAAGAACGGGGAUCCGGCGGCUGCGGGGAAAGCGGCCAGCGAAGCGGCCGCUUCCGCCGCGGCCCAGAUGGGUGCGAGCGAGGACAAAGUGUUCACGACGGCUGUCUCUGCUGCGGCAGAAGUGGCACUCGAGGCCGUGCUCAAGUCCGGCAAAGGCAUCGAUGCUGCGGCUGAGGAGGCAGGAAAGGCAGCUCUGAAAGCGGGAGAGGCUCAGCAGGGAGAAAAGGCCAGCGGAAGCAACGAGUGGAAGGUCAAGUUGGCUGAGCUCGCUGCCAACAAGGCCGGAAGCCGCGCCGCCGAUGAGGCCACGAAGGCCCAGCAGCCCGCGGACGCUGCGGCCCAGAGCGCAGCCCUCAAGGCGGCCUCUGCCGCCGGAGCCCCCAAGGAAGUGGCCGAACAGCUGGCGGAGUCUGCCAGCCGAGCGGCCAAGGAUCGGCUGGCUGGCAGCGCCGCGCGGCGGGCCGAUGAGGCUGGGGCAGCUGCUGCCAAGGUGGCACUUGCAUCCGGAGCGCCAGCGGAGAAGGCAGCUGAUGCUGCUGCCAAGGCAGCAACAGAGGCUGGUGUGGGUGCAGGGCUCGGCAAGGAGGAGGCAGCGAUGGCAGCCGCUUUGGCUUCGGGUGAUGCUGCCAAGGAAGCCGUCCUGGCAGACAAGGACAAUGUACAGGAAGCCGCCGAGAAAGCCAGCAAAGCAGCUAUCAAGGCAGCCACCGAAGGCGGUUUGCCCAAAGAGAAGGUGGCGGACUCCGCGCGGGAGGCCGCGACCCGGGCCGCCGUCAAAGCUGCCAUCGCAGCAGGGCUCUCCGCCGAGAAAGCUGCCGAGGAAGCCGGCAAGGCUACAGCGCAGGCAGCACUUGCAGCCGGCAUCUCGGGACAGACGGCCGCUGAAAUGGCCGCACGCGCCGCUGGUGAGGCAUCCGGCCAAGCGGCUGCCUUGCGAGGAGGCGUCACCCCACAGGCCUGUGCAGCCAAGGCGGCAGUCGCCGCUGCUAAAGCCGGCAGGGUAGCUGGCCUGGCUGAGGAGGGUAUGGCCGAAGUGGCCGUGACAGCCGCCGCAAACGCUGCCGUGGAAUUCCUGCGCGCAGAGGGCAAUUCCAAGAAUGCACCCAGUGAGGCUGGAAUGGCAGCGCAGCGGGCGGCCUUGGUGCAGGGCUUGGUGCCCGAUCGGGCCGGAGAGCUGGCUGCGGAGGCCGCAGGCCGAAUCGCCGCUGAUCUGGCGCUGGAGAGCUCCGCCACACCGGAGCAGGCCGCGCAGGCCUCAGGCGAGGCGGCUGCAGCAGCAGGCUCUGCUGCGCUGCUGGCAGCCCCGCGCUGUGGAGCGAAGUCUGCCGAGGCGGCUCUGCGUGCAGCUAUCGUCGCAAGAGCCAAGCGGUUCCCCAACGCGCCCACAAAGCGCGCAGAAGCACCAGCAUGGCAGCCAGGGCAGCCACGGCAGGCGGAAAGAGUCCCGAGGAGGCAGCGUUGGCUGCCGUGA